GAGCAUGAGUGGGAGAGAGGCAGAGAGAGGUGAGUAUACAGAAUCCAAAGCAGGAUCCAGGCUCUGAGCUGUCAGCACAGAGCCCGAUGCGGGGCUCGAACCCACGAACCAUGAGAUCAUGACCUGAGCCGAAGCCGAAUGCUCAACUGACUGAGCCAUCCAGGUGCCCCCCAUCACUAUGGUCUUAAUACUGCUUUUAAUGGGAUUCUCCCACAUACCCCAUACUUUGGGAGGAUAGUCAGGAUAAGUGGGCCUCAGGAAGUCACACUAUGUAAUUUUUCUUCCUACAGUUAACCUCAUUUUAGAAUUUGUGAUAACCUCAUUUUAGAAUUUGUGACUCAGAUCUGGGUCUUGUGUAAGUCUCUGAUAGUGAACUCUUUUUUUGUAACCAGUUAACUGGACCUUUUUAGGGAAGGCUUUCAUUCUUUUGUUUAUUCUAUUCUGCCCCAUUCAAGGUUGAGAAACUUUCUAGAUUCCACCUUCUACUUUUAGACCUAGUUUGCCCCCCCCCUCCAGUUCCCUGCAUAGCUCUAAGUUAUAACAUUUACCUUUCUGAAUGGGGGAUUAUUCAUCUACAUGGUCAUCUCAUCUAGGGCAGAGAGAUAUAGAUUGCACAAAUACUCACUGAGCAAGUGUCUUCCCUUUACCAGGACCUGAGCUGGACACUGGAAACACUGAUCACAGAUAACUGAGGUCUAGUCCCUAUCCUCAAGUAACUCACAGUCUAGUAGGGAAGUAUACAAACAAACACUGGUGGAUACUUGCUCAGAUAGAUUGAAGCAUAUAGACAAUACGAGAACCAAAGAUAAUGCCUGUCCCAGUAUACAGGGAAAGUUUCCCAGAGGAGACAAACAUUGAACCAGGUCUUGAAGAAUGAGUCAGAUUUAAUUGAGAAUGGAAGGAAAGAUAAGGCAUUUCAGGCUGAGCAAAGGCCCAGAGGUUAAAAAAAAAAAAGGCAUAUGCUAUGUUUGGGGAAUCAGUGAGUCAGCCAGUGUAGUUUAAGCAUGAGGGUCUAAAGAGACAUAUGGCUACAGAAAUAGGUUGAACUUGAUUGAGAAGAGCCAUUCUAAAACUUUUCCAUAAAGCUUGUUUAGUUCUCCUGCUUCCAGUAUCAAAAUUGGUAACAGUGGUAAACAACAACAACAACAAAAACCCAAACAACACACAUACAACCACAAAAACAAAACAAAACAAAACAACAACAACAAAACCAACCAGCUAGCUAGUUCCAGUUCCAGGUAAUUUUCACUUGGGUUUUCAAGCCUGGAAUCCAGGUUUACCCUUUCAGACCUUGCCAAUAGCCUGCUUGCUUCCUAUCUCAGAUUUCCUGCUGCUAAAAUUAUCUUUCUGCCUCUUGGCAAGUUUGUGAGGACAAAACUGUAAACAUAGAAGGGGGUUCAUGUGACUGGCUCAAUUACUUUGGACAAGUUAUUUCCCCUCUCUAGACCUCAAUUUCCCUGUGAGACUAGUGAGAAUAUUUAUAAGGCACAACUAGGAUAUGGAAUAUGCUGUUGCUUUGUGCUCCAUGGAAACAUACAUGUGAAAGGUUAUUGUUAAGAUUAUUAGCAUUGCAAAUGAAAAUGAGAUAUUACCUUACAUGUGUCACAAUGGCUAAAAUCAAAAACACAAGAAAUAACAAGUGUUGGCAAGCAUGUGGGAAAAAAAGGAACCCUGAUACACUGCUGGUGGGAAUGUAAAUUGAUGGAACCACUGUGGAAAACAUUAUAGAAAUUCCUCAAAAAAUUAAAAAUAGAAAUACCAUAUGAUUCAGCAAUUCCACUACUGGGUAUUUACCCAAAGAAAAUGAAAACACUAAUUCAAAAAUAUAUAUACACUCCUAUGUUUAUUGCAGCCUUAUUUCCAAUAGCUAAGAUAUGGAAUCACCCCAAAUGUCCAUUGGUAGAUGAAUGGAUAAAGAAUAUAUGGCAUAUAUAUACACAAUGGAAUAUUACUCAGGCAUAAAAAGAAUAAAAUCUUGCCAUUUGCAACAACAUGGAUGGACUUAGAGAAUAAUAAUGUGAAGUGAAAUAAGUCAGAGAAAGACAAAUAUCAUAUGAUUCACUCAUGUGAAAUUUAAGAAGCAAACAAACAAGAAAAAAAGACAAAAACAAACUCUUAAAUACAUAUAAACUGGUGGCUGCCAGAGGUGAGGUAGAUGAGGGGAGGGAUAGAAUAAAUAAAAAAGAUUAAGAGUACACUUAUCUAGAUGAUCACUGAGAAAUAUGUAGAAUUGUUGAAUUAUUAUAUUUCACACCUGAAACUAAUAUAACACUGUAUGCUAAUUAUACUUCAAUAAAAAAAAUCUAACACAAAAUAUAGUAUGUGCAAUAUUGCACUGUCAGAAAAAGAAAAAAACCCAACUCAGUAGCAAGCAAAGCCAAUGCUGAGGGGAAAAAAAAAGAUUAACAUUAGCAGAGUAAUACCAGUUAGGAGACUUAUUAGGAUUAAGAGAGUUGUAUCUCUUCCAAAGUCUAGUUCUGAGACUCUCAAGGUUCUGAGACCAUCUGGAAGACUCCCUUCUUAAAUCAAGCUAAACUAAUUAAUUAACAACAAAAAAGCCCUGGACUGGGAAAAAUCAGGUCCACAGUGUCUUACUCCUGACUUGGUCACUUGUUUGCUACAGGACCAAAAAAGUAAAAGUGAGUUUAUCUAAUUGAUUAGCAAGAGCUCUUUAUUUAUUAUAAAUGUUAACCCCUUGUUAUAUGUCAUAAGUUCCCCUUACUGUUUCUUAUAUGCUCAGCAUUAUGUUAGAAGUUGCAGAUUAGCUAAAGAGGUGAUUGAUCAUUUACUACAUAAAAAGAAUGGGUGUUAAGUAAUGUAUUUUGAGCAUUUCUAGGUUGCUUUAUGUGUAUUAACAUGUUGAAUCUUCAACAACUCUAAGUGGGUAGAUACUCUUAUCAGAUUAAAAAAAAAAUGAGGCACUGAGAAGUUAAGUCUUCUGCCCAGGAUCUCAUAGCAGAAGGAAGAGGUGGGAUUCCACUCAAGUAGUAUGGCUCCACAGCCCAUUGCUCUUAACCACUGUGAUUCACUGCCUCAAUAGAUUCAUUUAGAUGAGCAGGCUUUGAAAUGUAUUAAAGGUUUGGAAUGAUUUAUACACAACCGGAGGGAAUCUAACCUCUGAAUAGACCAGGACACUGAGAAUAAAUUUUUAAGGAACUUCUUAAAAGGCAAAGUGGAGCUGAGAGCAUUGAAGGAAAGUGAUUAGAGAUUUCUAUCCCCAAAAGCUUGCUCCUGUGUAGCCCAGUUCAGUGGAAGAAAGUUGAGUUUCCUUGUAGCCAAUCACUGGAGAUUCAUCAGGGGGUGGGAAGGUUGCAAAAGAAUGAAGUAAGAGUACACUUGGACAUCUUCCAGGUAAGCUGUGUCAUUACAUGAGUUCUACACAUGAAAACCUCAAAACAACCCGGUGUGGAGGGGGGUGGCUAGGUAGAGCACACACAUCUGGGUGGGAUGGUUCUGGCCUAUGGACUUGUCCUACUUUGAGGUCAUUGCUCCCUGAUCCCCACACUCAGCCUGCUGCAGCCUUCACCCUAAGCCUCCACCAUCUUCACAGCUUGGCUUGAAGAGCUGUAGUCAGGUUGUGGAUCAGAUCAUGAUGCCUUUCUCCCUGGGGUUCCUAAUGGCAGCUGGAAGCCAUGUGGGCAGUGCUUACCAUCUCUCCCCCCAAAAAUGGCUGCAUUCACUCCUCUUCCAAACGUUUACUCUAAUUUAUUUAGCCUUGGUUGGGGAGAACAUAAAGAUGACCAGAUGGUGUCCAUCUCUCCAAGUAUGCUCCCUAAGCAGAACAUUUUAGAAGGGAGAGGCCCUGUGGUGGGAAAGGCAGCAGAAUUCAGGGGAAGACAAUAGUUGCAGUAACAUUUGGGGGUGGGGGAAAACAGGGAGACAAUGAACCUUCCACUUCCAGUUUGGGUUUUUGAUUGCUAGCUCAAAAUAUUGCAGUUUUCAGUAGGGAUUUUUUUGUUUGUACUUGAGAACCUUGAAUUUGUGAUGUGGAUCUCUAGAGGUUUCUGGGUUAGAAUUUGACAUUCUACUUGGGCGCAUUUUUAUUUCAAAGCUGUGAAAGCUGCCGAGACAUGUCUCCAUCACCUUUACUUUUUCCACCCCACACAGGAUGUAAGCACAUGAUCUUUGGUCUUUUAUUUGCAUACUCUACUAGUCCUGUCUUCAUUGGAGGGAAGUAACUGGCCAGACCUAGGCUAUCUUGCUGGCUACCUUCCUUGCUGGGCUCCAACUUAUCUCCUAUGUACACAGCCCUUGGAGUUCAGAGGCCUCUGCUGACCUCUGCCCAACCUCUCUCUCUCUCUCUCUCUCUCUCUCUCUCUCUCUCUCUCUCUGUCACUCUGCGCCCAAGCCCCCACUGGUACAUACAGGCACAGAGGCAGGCAAGUCAGGCAAAGACUAGGAAAGAGGAGAGGGGGCUGGAUACAGGCUGCCAGAGGGCUCAGAAGCCCAGUGCACCUCCCUGUCCCAACUCUGUCCACCUGCUGCUGUGGCCACAGCAACAGAAGAGAUAGCUAGUAAGGCAGGAGUGAGGCCCAGUACCUUGUGGACAGUGGUGUCAUUAGCUGUGAUGCCUAAGAUGUCUCGAGAGAUGGAAGAGCUCACCCAAACCAGGUUGCAGAAGAUCUGGAUUCCACAUAGCAGUGGCAGCAGCGGGUUACAACGGAGGAGGGGCUCAUCAGUACCCCAGUUUACCAAUUCCCCCACAAUGGUGAUCAUGGUUGGCUUACCAGCUCGAGGAAAGACCUACAUCUCCACGAAGCUCACGCGAUAUCUCAACUGGAUAGGAACACCAACUAAAGUGUUUAAUUUAGGCCAGUACCGACGAGAGGCAGUGAGCUACAAGAACUAUGAAUUCUUUCUUCCAGACAACAUGGAGGCCCUACUUAUCAGGAAGCAGUGUGCCCUGGCAGCCCUGAAGGAUGUCCAUAACUAUCUCAGCCGUGAGGAAGGUCAUGUUGCGGUUUUUGAUGCCACCAACACUACUAGAGAACGACGGUCACUAAUUCUGCAGUUUGCGAAAGAACAUGGUUACAAGGUUUUUUUCAUUGAGUCCAUCUGUAAUGACCCUGGCAUCAUUGCAGAAAACAUCAGGCAAGUAAAACUUGGAAGCCCUGAUUACAUAGACUGUGACCGGGAAAAGGUUCUGGAAGACUUUCUAAAGAGAAUUGAGUGCUAUGAGGUCAACUACCAACCCUUGGAUGAUGAACUGGACAGCCACCUCUCCUACAUCAAGAUCUUCGAUGUGGGCACACGCUACAUGGUGAACCGAGUGCAAGACCACAUCCAGAGCCGCACAGUCUACUAUCUCAUGAACAUCCAUGUCACACCCCGCUCCAUCUACCUAUGCCGGCAUGGUGAGAGUGAACUAAACCUCAGAGGCCGCAUUGGAGGUGACUCUGGCCUCUCAGCUCGGGGCAAGCAGUAUGCUUAUGCCCUGGCCAACUUCAUUCAGUCCCAGGGCAUCAGCUCCCUGAAGGUGUGGACCAGCCACAUGAAGAGGACUAUCCAGACAGCUGAGGCCCUGGGUGUUCCUUAUGAGCAGUGGAAGGCCCUGAACGAAAUUGAUGCGGGUGUCUGUGAGGAGAUGACCUAUGAAGAAAUCCAAGAACACUACCCUGAGGAAUUUGCACUACGGGACCAAGAUAAAUAUCGCUACCGCUAUCCCAAGGGAGAGUCCUAUGAGGAUCUGGUUCAGCGUCUGGAGCCAGUUAUAAUGGAGCUAGAACGGCAGGAAAAUGUACUGGUGAUCUGCCACCAGGCUGUCAUGCGGUGCCUCCUGGCCUACUUCUUGGAUAAGAGCUCAGAUGAGCUGCCAUAUCUCAAGUGUCCUUUGCACACAGUGCUUAAACUCACACCUGUGGCUUAUGGCUGCAAAGUGGAGUCCAUCUACCUGAAUGUGGAAGCUGUAAACACACACCGGGAGAAACCUGAGAAUGUGGACAUCACCCGAGAACCUGAGGAAGCCCUGGACACUGUCCCUGCCCAUUACUGAGCCCUUUCCAAGAAGUCAAACUGCCUUUGUCUCCACUGUUUCCCACCUUUAAGUGCUGCUUACCUUGCACUUCUCUUACCUCAAGACGCUGGACUUGGUCUUACUAGAAGACCCCUGCUUCUAGUGAAGAAGCCCUCAGCAUCUCCAAAACAGGCCUCGAUUUCCAGCUACAACCAAGGAGCUGUCUAGUUAUGAAUGAAGCUUUUUCUUUCUUAAUUCCUAGUUCCUUAUCAAUAAAGCCUUCUCUUGCUGCCUACAA